AGGUUUUAGGCUCAGAUACUGCAAGCGCUGACUAAAAGGGUGUUGAACAUUGUUAAACCAUGGAUUGGUCCUGGCUGGAAGAUGCAGAACGCGUAGAAGAGCACUUGUACGCAGCUGGUUUGCGGUUGCACGACAAGUGGAUUUGCAGCACCCUUCUCCGUGACGAGGACCAUUCAACUGUGGUAGAUUUGUCCUGUUCUCGGUCGUUUGCAAGUGUGACAAGUUUUUUGUUGGGCAGCGGCGACAUCAGUUGCAAGCAACGCGAUCACGAAUCCUAUUCCGAUUUCCUUCAAGCUGUAGUUUUGCAAGCGUCAUACAGCUGUGUGCUUUGCAACUUGCGGUGGCCUCAAGAACUUUUGUGGCCUGGACGGAUGAAACUGCGCACUUCCAAAGAGGAGGCCGAUGCACUGGCAGGAGGACUAAGUUUACAAGGGCAAGUUGUGGCAAGAUAUAUGCUUUGCUCAGGAAGAGUCCGCCUGCCUGUGAACACAUUGAUACUCAAGAUCUCGGAUGAAUUGGACCCGGUGAUCGAUUUCUUGCCUCCAUCGCUGUGUCCUGCAUGUUCUGCUACAGUUCAAAGGAAACCGCACAAAGAGGAUCAGGCCAUCAACUCCAUUUUAGUCAGAUCAUCCUCAGCUGACCUCAGUAAUGUACCCAUGAGAAUUGCACUUGAUGUUGCUCAGAAUGUCUUUUAUGGCAAUGAUCACGAGCACAUGAUCGUGGACGAAGAGAUGCUGCAGUUAGGCUAUGGGCACAUGGCCUUGCGACUGACGGUCCCAUCAACAGCAUCAGUCUAUAGUGCUUUGCGACUAGGGCUACCUGGGUGCUCAAUCGACUACUUGCCGUCAACACCCGCAAGAUUGACUGUUACGGUAUAUCCUGCCAGCGUACAUCUUCCACAUGCAAACUCUCCAAGUCUAAAUCCAAGCGAGGUGGCCCAGUGGCUGUCUUCAGUGGGAAACUGUCAUGUUGCUUCGUAUACCUCUGGUUGCAGUGCCCACGCAGUUGUUGCAGAGCUGGCCAGUGUGGGUUGCUGGCAUCGUGCAUUAGCUCUUAAUGGCGAACUAUGGCAAAGGACAGUGAUGAUAGUAUCUGCUACAGGGAACUUUGAAAGUCAUGCCUGCACACUUUCCAGCCGUCCAUCAACACGGCGUAUCAUGCUGUAUUGGCUGAGAGCUUUGUCCGGUCUUGGAGUGGUGGCAAAGCGAUUGGUCCUAGCUUUUCUUGGUGAUCCACCUGUCAUGGUGCCUAGCGACAUCGGGUCGCUUGAAGAUGCGAUGCGCGUAUCGAGAAACGUCAUUAUCGUCGGUGGGCAUUACACGCUCCCUCAGGGGCUGAAAAUCAGGUCGCCAGUCAACCUGAUCGGAGAUGGUCAAGUGUUUCUCCAUCUGGGGUCUCCAGUGCAGAUCCGAUCAGAGUUCGGCGCAGAACUUCGGAACUUGACUUUUCUCGGGGAGCAAACCGGAGAAUCAGACAAUCGUUCAGCAGUUAUUGCUGUUCAGUGCUCGUAUUUGGUAGCCAUAGGUCGUGGGUACAGGUGCUACUCGGACAUCACUCCAGUUGGAGGCAGACGAGCAUUUGCAUGCUGCAGCUGGGGCCGACCUUCAAUUACUCUGACAAACUGCACGAUUCGAGGAGGCCAUCAUGGGGUGGAUCUCCGGGGUGGCUGUGGUGUGCGUCCCAGAAUGGGAAAGAGUAGAAGGCCGAUACUAGCAUUUCCUGCGACUCAGUACCUAGAGGAUGGGCUUGACCUUGGUGCUUGGCUUGAGCGCAAUAGAAAUCAACACCAGGAAGUUGACAUGCCCAGCAUCGAGUUUUCAGGCAAAAGAGCCUAUGUUCCUGGUUGGAAGCAGCAUGUAAUGACAUUUGCACAGCUGAUUGACUGCGAGAUCUCCAACUCAGUGACUGAAGCAAUUAAUGCUUGGAGAGGUGCCCGUUUGGAAAUGACCCGCUGCUGGAUACACAACUGCGGCCAAGGGCUUACUGUCAGCCACUUUGAGACGCCUAGUGAUCUUGAACAAUUUAAGGAAUUUCAAUUGGCACCUCAUAUCUCUAUUCGAGAAUGCCUAUUUGAAGCCAUCGAAGGCAAUGACUGGUCAAGUGCAAUAUCCCUUGGACGCUUUAUGACAUCUGGAUUUACGAGAAGCCAAGAAUCUGAGUUGACCAAAGGAUUCAUGCCGGGAUACUUGUUGGCAGAAUAG